AUGCCUGCGGCCGAGGAAGCGGAGCCCUCUGCCACCGCCGCUGCCCAGCCGUCCGCCGCAGCUGAUGGAACCGAACACGACGUCGACGACCUCGACGACGUCCACCGAACUCUGGUAAAGGGAGCAUUCGCCCUUAUCGGACUGGACUAUGACGACUACCGCCAAUGCUAUAAUGCCUGCGUUGACAAAUGCGGCGGCACUGGCGUUCUUACCGCCACGGUGUGGUCGAAAUGGGGCUGUUACAAAGGGUUCAAAGAGAAGAUUGAGAAAGUCGCCCAGCUGACCGAGCAAACUGGGAACUACCACAUCAUGGACGCACCGACUGUGCUCUGUGCUAUCAUGGUACGGAAGCUCCGACUCAUUAAGCCGGAGAAAGACGACACGGCGUCCCCGAUGAUUCUCAAGUACAAAGCUUUCGUAUUCGCGCACGCUUCGGUGAUGAACUGGAAGCCGAACGACCAUAAGGUCAGACCUACGAACCAAGUCUACAAGGUCAUCCAGCAGUCGGGACCUGCAUCGGUCAACCUCACCGACACGGAGUCAGACGAUUCCGUGGAAGUGGAUAUGUCAGUCCCCAACCAGGCGGAUGUUUUGUUGCGCUGCCAGGCCAAACCAAGAGAGCCCCCCCCCGGGCCUAUCUUUAAGAAGGUUCCCCGUCACAUCGACCGCGUUACCGCCAUGGCCACUAUCACGAACGAACUCCGCAAGACCAUCAAGGUCAAUGCCUCGACUCUGGGGAAGAGCAUCGACUAA